AUGGGAAAACACUUUGGAAACCUUGGAAAGAUGUAUGGAGAGCAUAGAUUUGCAUUGGCACCAAACGAGCAGAAGGCGUACAAAGGAUUCCUCGACCAGGCUUUUGUGAAGACAUUCAAGACGUACGUUUGGGACCAAUGGUACUACUACAUUCCACAAACGAUCGGCGCCUAUUUGCUCUACGACUGGGCCAAGAAGACCAACCACGAAGCCAAUAGAAAGAACCCAGCUGACUACGCUAAUGAUGUAUAA